CACACACACACACAUAAAAAAUGCACCAAUGAUAUCCAUGUGGGAAAGUCCCUGAAGAAAAGUAUAAAACUUGAUGAAAAUCCACAGAAAGAGAGGAAAAAGACGGAUUUAACAUCAUGACAAUGUGCAAGACAUUUCUGUUCAUCCUCAUCCUCAGUGCCUUCAUCACAGACACAGAAACAGCACGAUGCUGCCUGUCCUACACUGCAUUUCCUGUUCGCUGUGGUCGGAUAAAAGGAUACUCGAUCCAGGAAAUCACUGGAUACUGUGACAUCAGAGCUAUAAUAUUCGAGACCCGAAACGGAAAAUACAUUUGCGCCGAUCCGAAGAUGAGAUGGACUCAGAACAGGGUCACAUGCCUACGGAAGAAGGCUGCAGUAUUCGGGAAACCGGAAACACUGAACUCAGGAUGAGCUCCGGUUCAGCACCUUCUACAAACUCGCUUCAGAUUUAGGAUUAAAACGUAAUCAUCUUAAAGAUGUGCUUCUCUAUUGUCUUUUUGGGUCCCUGUGGGAGCUGUGUACUUUAUUACUCAGAGAGAGUGUUUCAUAUACCUUGUAUAGUGUUUUAAACAAACACAAAUAUGUACUUUAGAUUUAAAAAAAAUCUAAUUAUUAAUAUUUAAAACAAUAAACAAUACUGAUUUUA